AUGAUCUCCGAUCAAGCUCGACGGUUAAAGUCACGAGAAGUAAGCUCUCGUUACCUCUCAUCCACCGUAUCAUCACCACCAGUAGUACCAAACCAUAAUAACAACCCGAAACUCUCAACAUUGUCCACUAAACAAAAACACAAACAUACUGGAUUUAUUCGGGGUCUUUGGUCUUCCUCGGCCUCUCACUCAACAAGAUCACAUAAUGAAAACCAACCAACUACUAACAAAACAACUCUUGCUGAUCACCUUGGUAACGAGAAACAAAAAGAUAGUCCCAAAAGAUCCGAAAAAGUAUCAUUUCCUAGUAAACAAAAUAGUUUCUCUGAGUUUAGGCGGUCAGAAAACAAUAUGAAUAACAAAAGUAGUAGUAGUAACUUGAAAGAACAAUAUCACUCUCCAUCAAUGAGAUACUCUGAAUUAAGAUCAUCCAUUUCUUCGGUUUCAACAUCAUCAUCAUCAGUAAAAUCAUUAGAUAUACUUGACUCAAACCAAGGUAUACUUCCUGGAAGAUUAUCAGUAGAUGAGAAUGCUCUUCGAAGGAGAUCGUCUUAUUAUCAAAUGAGAUCAGAUUAUGAGAAUAAUUUGGAAGGUAGUCAUGAUCAUCUUGGUUCUCCUUUUACGACAGGGAGAAACUCACCGGCUUAUUCAUAUAUGGCACCUACAUUGAGUUCUGUAAACUCUGGUAUUGAUGUUCAAUCAAAGUACAUGAAUUCAUCAAUGCCCGUGCAUAGUUCUUUUAAAAAAUCCGCUUCAAUGAAAAGGGCAAGCUCACCAUUAUCAGAAUGGGUGUCUUCUCCUGCGAGAUUUGGAUUCGGAUCACCGUUGUAUUCAGGAUCAAAGCCCCCUAGCUCUGCUUCAAGUAGGGGUAAAAAGAGUCUUUUGCAUAUGGGUUUGGAUUUGAUUAAGGGUAAGAAAGGAGGGUCUAAACUUCGUUCUUCUACUGGAUCGGAUAUGGGUAUAGAUACGAUAGAGAAUGUUCAUCGGCUGAGAUUGCUGCAGAAUAGUUGGAUGCAAUGGAGGUAUGCAAAUGCUAGAGCACAAGAUGUUAAUGAACACUUAACUGCUCAAUGUGAGCUUGACUUGUUAUUUGCAAGGGAAAGUGUGGCAAAACUGCAGCAAUCUGUGGUACAAAAAAGGUUGCAGCUUCAAAAAGAGAAACUAGAAAUGAAGCUCAAUGUCAUCAUAGAUUCUCAAAUCAACCCGUUGGAGUCUUGGGGGGACAUCGAAAGGAGACACAUGGUGGAUAUAUCCGUAUUGAAAGACUAUUUAAACGCAGUUGUUUGUAUGGUACCGCUUAUUGAAGGAGCCAAGGUGGAUCUUGAAUCAGCUACAGUUGCUUUUCAACACACAUCACAUUUGGUUGCCACAACCAAGUCCAUGUUAUCCACCUUUUCUCCCAUGGCUCAUGACAUGCUCUCAGAGCUAGCAGAUGUUGCAACUCAAGAGAAAUUGUUGCUAGAAGAAUGUCUUGAGCAUCUAAGAGUCAUUUCAAUGUUAGAGAUACAAGAGAGAACUUUAAGGUGUAGCAUUAUCACGAUGGAUUCGUUUUAUGAUCAGCAGCAACAACUAAACUCGCAGGCCUAG